AUGGGGGAAGAACAAGUGAACCUUUCAGACAGCUCCGCUCUGUGGAUCGGGUUGACGGGGCGCACCCUAGACGCCCCCAUCCCACCCCCACCCCCACCCCGGGAGAGCCGGGCGCUGGGGCGGUUUCCCAUCCCCUGGCCACGCGCCUCCAGCUCGGCUUCCAGCCGCCACCGGCCGAUGGGGGACAUGGGGGGCGCCCAGGCCCGGGGCUGGGGGAGCUGCCAGGUGCUGGCGGCCGUGCUCAGCCUGAGCCCGCGGCUGCUCGGCGCCGCCCCGGCAGAGUGCGGGAAGCCGGCGGUCACCGGGAAGAUCUUUGGUGGCGAGAACGCCCCCGAGCUUCGCUGGCCCUGGCAGGUCAGCCUGCUCUACCAAAACCGGCACGUCUGCGGGGCUGCCCUCAUCGACGCCUUCUGGGUGCUGUCUGCCGCCCACUGCUUCCAACUGUCCCACACGCCGGAUGAUUACAAGGUCCUCCUGGGUUACCACAAGCUGCAGCAACCCAGCAAGCACAGCCUGGUGCGGACCCUUCACCACGUCAUCGUGCACCCAGACUUCAACAAGACCCACUUCCUGGCCAACGACAUCGCACUGCUGCAGCUGCGUGUGCCUGUCAACUUCUCCUUGCAUGUCCUGCCCGCCUGCCUCCAGAAGCCCAAUGAGACGUUACAGACUGGGAAGACCUGCUGGGUGACCGGCUGGGGCAUGAUCACAGAGGCAGGGAGACUCUGGAGGGCCGCUGGUGUGCGAGACGCAGGAUGUGUGGUACCUGGUGGGGCUGUCCAGCUGGAGCAUGGACUGUCACUAUCCUAUAGGCCCCAGCAUCUUCACCAAACUCACCUACUUCUCCCACUGGAUCAGCGAGAAUCAGAAAAACACAGCCGUGCCCCCACAAGAAAACGCGCCCCCUCAGGGCCCGCCUCCCGUGCUCAUUGACUUCACAGUCACCACGGGCGGCAACAGGCCCCAGCCCUGCACGGCCCUCUUGUCAUCACAGGUUCUCCUCUGGCUGCUUGGGCUCCCUCUGGACGCUGUGACUUGUCUCUGAGCUGUCCUUCCCACCUGAGGCCUGUCCCAAGCAGGCAAAAUAAAAAACUGCUAGCCGCGA